UCGACUAUAUAAUUCGUCAGCUUGUUUCAACAGUUACAAAGAACGUUUUACUUUCUACUGCAGAGGGUAGCUUUGAAAUAAGAUUUCAUUUUACACUAUAUUACGAUAAUUUUUAUAAGUUUCAAGUUUUUUAAUAACUUUAAACGUCAUAAACAUUUAUUUUUUAAGAUUAAAAAUAAAGGAACAAGUUUCAAUUACAAUAUGAAGAUUUAUCUUUUACUAUUUAUCUUGGUCACAAUUACUUGUGUAAUAGCAGAAGAUUAUACUACCAAAUAUGAUGAUAUGGACAUUGAUAGAAUUUUGCAGAAUGGUCGUAUCCUCACUAAUUAUAUUAAAUGCAUGUUGGACGAAGGACCAUGUACUAACGAAGGUAGAGAAUUAAAAAAAAUACUACCUGAUGCUCUAUCUACAGGUUGCAAUAAGUGCAAUGAAAAACAGAAACAUACAGCAAAUAAAGUUGUAAAUUAUUUAAAAAGCAAGAGACCAAAAGAUUGGGAACGACUUUCCGCAAAAUAUGAUUCUACUGGUGAAUAUAAAAAGCGUUAUGAACAUGUAUUGCAAUUUGCAAAAAAUAAUUAAAUCUAUAAAAAUCUAAAGAAUAAAUUUAUGAGGAAAUUUGUGUAAUGAAAAUAUAAUAUAUAAAGCAAUCUAAUUUAC